CUUGGACUUGUUUUGGAAUGAAGUAAUACUUUGGUGGUAAGAACGCUUUGCUAUCGGAGAGCGUGAAAGGAGACUUCUAUACCGUACUGAGUUAUCGCGGAGGAACUGCUACACACUUCUCCUCAUUUUGGCGGGAGAAUCAGAUGUUAUCAUUUUCCUCCCGCUCGGUCCACCGUAGUGUGUUGUUUGUAUAAUUUUCCGUCCAUCUUCUUCUUCCUCUUCUUCUUCUUCUUCUUUCCCGCUGUUCUGGCCAAAAUUUGUGUGCAAGAUCUAUCAAAUUGGAAACUGCUAGCGGUUAUCGCUUAAUAGGACAGUGUCGAGUGGGGAAGUCGGCGUAAGCAACCUUGGCCUCUAUUCAUCAGCAUACUGCUUUCAGUUCUUCCAGUUUCUAGGAAUCCAAUUUUCCUCCAGUUUCGAAGACCAUGCGUUGGUAGUGCGUCUUGGGUUGCUGUUCGAAUUAUCUUUCAACAACAAUGGAGGGUGCUGGUGCUGCUGCUGCUCCUAUUUCUUCUGGACCGACCACUCGUCGCUCGAAAAGGACUCGGGCUCAGACUGUACCCGCCGAAGUUCAACCUACCUAUGAAGAUGGUGGUGGUGCCGACAACAAUGACAGGACCAGCGAUGCUAGCGGCCAGGCCGACCGAGAUAGCUCACCUGAAAACUUUGAGGAGUCUCGGCCUCCUAGAACUAAGCGGCAUCGAUUGGAAGGCACUUCGAAUGCUGCACAUGAAGUUUCCGAGCAGAGUCUGAUUGAUGUUAUAAAAGGAAAUGGGAAAUUUAUUCCUCAAGUUGUUAAGCGUUGGGUGGAGAGGUAUGAAAAAGAUCCAAAAACUUCAAUGGUCGAGCUCCUGGCAACGCUGUUUGAGGCAUGUGGAGCUAAAUACCAUAUCAAGGGUGACUUCCUGGAGGAGACUGAUGUUGAUGAUGUUGUUGUUGCACUUGUUAAUCUCGCUAAAAGGGGUGAAGUUGAAGACUAUCAAAGCUCUAAAAGGAAGGAGUUCAAAAGCUUCAAAGAUAAUCUCGAGUCAUUCUGGGACCACUUGGUCCAUGAGUGCCAACAUGGGCCUUUAUUUGAUCAGGUGUUAUUUGAUAAAUGCGUGGACUACAUAAUUGCAUUAUCAUGUACUCCUCCAAGGGUUUAUCGUCAAGUAGCUUCAUUGAUGGGUCUACAACUCGUUACAUCUUUCAUUGGUGUUGCCAAAAUGCUUGGUGUUCAACGUGAAACUACUCGUAGACAGUUAGAUGCUGAAAAGAAGAAACGAGUUGAGGGACCUCUUGUGGAGUCUUUAAAUAAAAGGUUUUCUAUGACUCAUGAAAAUAUCACAGUGUUGGAGGAAAUGAUGCGCAAGAUUUUUACAGGGUUAUUUGUGCAUCGCUAUCGUGACAUUGAUCCAAACAUUAGAAUGUCGUGCAUACAAUCAUUAGGAAUAUGGAUUUUGUCCUACCCAUCAUUAUUUUUGCAGGAUUUAUACUUAAAGUAUCUUGGGUGGACAUUGAAUGAUAAAAAUGCUGGAGUCAGAAAAGUUUCUGUUCUUGCAUUGCAGAAUCUUUAUGAGGUGGACGAUAAUGUGCCAACACUUAGUCUUUUCACUGAGAGGUUUUCUAAUCGGAUGAUUGAAUUGGCAGAUGACAUUGAUGUUUCUGUGGCUGUGUGUGCCAUAGGACUUGUUAAACAACUGCUAAGACAUCAACUUUUAGCAGACGAUGACUUAGGUCCCCUUUAUGAUUUACUGAUUGAUGAUCCACCAGAGAUCAGACAUGCCAUAGGAGCAUUAGUGUAUGAUCACUUGAUUGCUCAGAAGUUCACUAGCUCCCAAUCUUCUCGGAGAGGUGAUGGCAAUAAUUCUUCUGAGGUUCAUCUUGGCAGAAUGUUGCAAAUCCUAAGAGAGUUCUCAACGGAUCCAAUAUUAAGUAUCUAUGUUGUCGAUGAUGUUUGGGAAUAUAUGAACGCCAUGAAGGACUGGAAGUGCAUUGUUUCCAGGCUCCUAGAUGAAAAUCCAAGAUCUGAGCUGACUGAUGAGGAUGCCACAAACUUGGUUCGUCUUCUUUCUGCAUCUAUCAAAAAGGCAGUUGGGGAAAGGAUUGUUCCUGCCACAGAUAAUCGAAAGCAGUACUUCAGUAAAGCUCAAAAGGAAGUAUUUGAAAGCAACAGACGGGACAUAACUGUUGCCAUUAUGAAGAAUUAUCCCGUACUUCUGCGCAAGUUCAUGGCUGAUAAAGCAAAAGUUCCAUCUUUAGUUGAAAUUAUCAUACACAUGAAUCUUGAACUUUAUUCCCUGAAGAGGCAAGAGCAGAAUUAUAAAAAUGUUCUUCAACUAAUGAAAGAAGCAUUUUUCAAGCAUGGCGACAAGGAAGCAUUGAGAUCAUGCAUGAAGGCAAUUAACUUAUGUUGCACUGAGAGUCGAGGGGAGUUGCAAGAUUUUUCUCGUAAUAAAUUGAAGGAACUUGAAGAUGAGCUUUUUGCAAAACUAAAGCAUGCUAUGAGAGAGUUAGAGGAUGGUGGUGAUGAGUACUCUCUUCUUGUAAAUUUGAAAAGGUUGUAUGAGUUUCAAUUAUCCAGACCUGUUCCUAUGGAAAGCAUAUAUGGCGAUAUUAUGAUGAUUCUUCAGAAAUUUAGAAGCAUGGACGAUGAGGUUGUAUGUUUUCUACUUCUCAACCUAUACUUACAUUUAGCGUGGUCUCUACACUCUAUCAUAAAUAGUGAAACAGUUUCAAUAGAAUCUUUGUCAUCCUUAUUGAAUAAACGGAAUGCAUUGCUUGAGCAUCUGGACCAAUACCUGAAUGAUCCUACUGAAGUUUGUAAAAGUGGUAAUCAGCUGGCCUAUCGAGUUUGUACCAUUCUUGCGGAGAUGUGGUUUUUAUUUAGGAAGGAAAAUUAUUCUUCAACAAAACUGGAAAGAUUAGGCUAUUGCCCUGAUGCAUCUACUGUUAAAAACUUUUGGAGGUUAUGUGAGCGACAGCUAAGUAUUUCAGAUGAGUGUGAAGAUGAGGGUGCUAGUAAAGAAUAUGUGGAAGAGACAAAUAAAGAUGCAAUCAUGAUUGCUGCCUCAAAGUUGGUUGCAAGUGAUACAGUUUCUAAGGAGUAUCUUGGUCCAGCAAUUAUUUCUCAUUUUCUGAUACAUGGGACAAGUGUAGCAGAUAUUGUUAAGCAUUUCAUUGCCAUGUUGAAAAAGAAGGAUGACAAUAUCCCCAAUAUCUUUCUUGAAGCCAUGAAAAGAGCCUACCAUCGACAUACGGUAGAACUUUCGACAAAUAGUGAUGGGCCUUCAACGGGCAAAUCCUUUCUAGAAUGUAGGGAGUUGGCUGCUCGGCUUUCUGGAACAUAUGUGGGUGCAGCUAGGAACAAGCAUAGAUUGGAUAUUUUAAAGAUUGUUAAGGAUGGAAUUGAGCAUGCCUUCUCUGAUGUACCGAAGAAUUUAUCUUUCCUAGAAUGUGCCAUUCUACAUUUUGUAUCCAAACUGUCUACACCUGAUAUCCUGGAAAUUAUCAAGGAUGUCCAGAAUCGAACAGGAAAUAUUAAUACAGAUGAAGACCCAAGUGGGUGGCGCCCGUAUCAUACAUUUGUUGACAGCUUACGUGAAAAGUAUGCUAAAAGUGAUGGUUUGCAAGAUGAGAAAGAAGGAAAUUCUACUAGACGUAGGGGUCGGCCCCGUAAAAAACAUAACUUACAGGGAAAGAGACUUUUUGAUGAGCAAAGUACAAGUGAAGAAGAAGAAUCAAUCAGUGCAUCUGAUCAUGAAGAUGUACAUGACGAAGAGAAGCAAGACGAGGAAGAUGAGGAAGAAGUACCUCUCAUCCAUUCAAUUCGGUCAUCCUCUAAAUUGAGGUCACUGAGAAUUUCAAGAGAGGAAAAAAAAGGGACUUCUACGGGAAAAGCUGCAGGGCUUCCAUCUACAUGAAGAGAACUGAUUGUCUGAAUUUUGCAUCGAGCGAUUUAUCAUGAUGUACAAAUAUCCCAUAUAGCAGUUGUGUAUUUGUACACAAAACGAAGUUAUGUUGACUUAAUCUUAAUUGAGAGGUUGCUCGUGAAACUUUCUGAAGUGCUACCUAAGGAGUUGUGGCUAUGUUGAUAAUAGUCGUUAAUCUAGUUCGCCUCAAACAUUUAUGUGAUAGGUUUAGAGUGUCAUUAGCAUGCUUUUGUGCUUAGUUUAGCUUGUUUUCUUUAAUUUUCAUGUUGCUUGUUUGUAAGUGGCAUUUUGCACUUUGCAAGUCAGUUCAAUAUGAAAAUGUUUAAAAUGUACUAUAGGAAAAACACACUAGUCAAUUCUCUAAUUAAGUCUUGUACUCUUUGCAAACCAAGCUUUCUUGUAAUUGGCGGUCUUCAAUGCUUUUUUUAUUUAAUGAUUUUUUAAAUA